UUGUGGAUAGACGAAAUCUUUUCUGAAGAAAAUAAUAUAAAGCUCGAAGAAGAAAUUAAAACCAAAAUCAUGAUGCAUCUUACAAACCUUAAGCAAGACUUGGAAAUAAGAUUCCCAGAUACGUCACACGGCGACCAAUGGAUAAUUAAUCCAUUCACUUGUGAUCUUAACACUGUGAAGAUGAACUUAAAAGAAAAGGAGCAGCUGAUCGAUUUAAUGUCCGAUGAAAGCCUUCGAUCUAUUUUCAAAACCACGGAUCUAUCCAAGUUCUGGAUAAUGAUGGAAAAGGAAUAUCCACUGUUAUUCAAAACAUCUCUGCUGAAAUUGCUGCCAUUCGCAUCUACAUACCUUUGCGAGACAGCUUUCUCCACAUUAACUGCUAUAAAAACAAAAUAUCGCUCCAGACUUAACGUAGAACCUGAUUUGAGGGUGUCUGUUUCUGAUAAUAUAUCACCAAGAAUUAAUAUACUGACUGCAAGUGUGCAAGCACAAGGUUCACAUUAG